UUCGAGUUGUCAGUUGAGUUGAGAUUCGGAAAAAUUGUACGUUACAAAAUUCGUCUGAAUCUCCACUGCGCUAGAAUGUAGAUUCGUCUUUACGUUUUGAACAUUUUUGUUGAUUGUUGACAAUGAACAGCGGUAUCGAGUCGGGCCGAUAUAACAACGUCGAAGAACAUGAUGGAGAGACUGACAACUACGUUACUUGUCCUUUGCUUCAGCUCAAAUAUUCACGACAAAGGAAACCGAUUACUAGUCGUUUAGGGCAAAAAGGUAGAUCUCUUAGACACUUUAAUGACAAUCAACCGUUGUUUGAAAACAAGACUGCAGAAGCAGAUUUGGGUGGAUCAUUUCAAGUACAAACACCUGAAAAACUAGCUGGGGAUUUUAAACUUCUAGAUUUGGUCCAUGAGACACCAUUUGUUCGACCGGCAGUCAAACCUAGAAAUAAUAGUGGCGUAGAUACUCCAAGCGAUACAUUUGACAAACACAAAAGGAACACACAAAUUUCAAAUUACAACUUUAAGCCUACCUUAUCAUUGACUACUAAACGUUCAUUAUAUAGCAAUAAAGAAAAUUUUCCAGAGAAAACAGAUGAAAUUACAACAAAAUGUAUUGUUAGAGAAGAUACGUGUUAUGCUUCUCCUGAAACUUCUAAAUAUAAUUAUGAUACUAGUUUAUAUCACAGUGUUAGAGAAACCAAUGCAAUACCUGAUUCUUCUUAUUCGUCAUUAUCUGGCAAAAAUAAUGAAACACAAUCCAGUGAUUCUUCUCAAUUAACCAAAUGUGGUGAAUCUCAAGUAGAUAGCUUGCUGGUACAUUCAACACUCGAACUUUCUCCUGCAGCUAAACGCAACAAUUUUGCAAUACGAGCUAGAUCUCCAAUUCGUCCUGUGGUAUUUGUUCAAGAUGGAGAAUUUAAACGACCGGUUGCUUCGUCCACUAAUGUUUGUGUGAAAUGCUUAAAUGAAAAUUUUAUAUGUGUCAAAGGAAUAAACUACAGUAUUUUAAAUACACUUGGUCAUGGAGGAUCUAGUAUUGUGUAUGAAGUAUUAAAUCCUGAGACUAAUCAAGUUGUUGCAAUAAAAAAAGUAGACUUAUCAGAAGUUGAAGAUAUUAUAGCCAAGGGUUAUUUAAAUGAAGUAGAUUUGUUGCAAAAUUUACAAUCAUGUGAAAGUGUUAUACGUCUUUUUGACAGUCAAUAUACAACUAAGGAAAAGAUACUUUACAUGGUUAUGGAAAAAGGUGAUACAGAUCUCUCAAAAUUGAUUCGUAAUACUAAACGUAUGUCUGUACACAUGAUCAUGUACUAUUGGUCAGAAAUGUUGAUUACAGUUAAUGAAAUUCAUGAUAAAGGUAUCAUCCAUUCAGAUCUUAAACCGGCUAACUUUUUAUUGGUUAGUGGUCGCUUGAAGUUAAUAGACUUUGGAAUUGCGUCCAAAAUACAAGGUGACAUGACUAGUGUGUUGAAAGAUGUUACAACAGGUACUUGGAACUACAUGAGCCCAGAAUGUAUAAGAAGUGGAGGAUCUAACUUCCAAGGACACAAAAUAAAUCAAAAGUCAGAUGUUUGGUCUUUGGGGUGUAUUUUGUACAGUUUAAUUUAUGGUAAAACUCCAUAUUCGCAUUUGACAAACACUUGGCAAAAAUUACAGGCAAUUGCUGAACCAAAGCAAAAUAUUAGCUUUCCGAGUAACAGUAAAACAUUCACUCAAGGUAUCCCACCUGUUCUCAUGCAAACAAUGGAGAUGUGCUUAAUUAAAGAUGUAAAAGCUAGACCUAACGUCGAUGAUCUUUUAAGGCUUGUUGAGAAUACAGUAUUCAAACCUAUGACCUGACAAAAAUAUUUUAAUCCUAAUUACUCCCUAAUUUCAUAGUCUAUUUUCUUUCUUAAUAUUAAUUAAUAUUUUCAUAAUGAUUUCAUAUUUAUAGUCUAUUUUUGAUAUGUCAAUACUGUAUAGUUAUCAGGCCAUAAGUAAACAAGGUUUGUCGUAUAAUAAAUUAUCUGUGGGUACGACCACCACGUGUUUUUUAAAUUAUGGCCUGGCUUAAGAACUAAAAUAAUAUUUCAAUGACAAGUACAUUUUUUAUAAAUAUUAAAAUAUUAAAAAAAAUUAUGAUUGCAGAAUGUUUUCUUUACUUUUAUUUAAAAAAAAACUAGCUCAAAAUUAUUUUAAUUAAUUCAUUCAAUGCUCAAAGACACGUCAAAUAAUUGUUGAGUGUCC